GCCAUUGCUUGGGUUGAAACUCGUCCCUUCAACGAGUUCUUGAACCUGAGCCGUGCGUAAGCAUAAAGCACAUACUUUGCAUGGUCUCGGAAUACUUGAUGAGAGUUUUUGACGAAAAUAUCUGCGGAACGCUGAACGAUGAUGGUUUUAUUAUUCCUUGGAGCGGUAUUUCUUAUCCAAAAAUGUGUGGUUGAUGGUCUUUGCAGCAACUAUCUCCACCGUUGGGGUUUCUGUUCUCAUUUGGUGAAAUUUUCAUCCAAUCUGCGAUCUGGGUUGAUGGCAGUGUUGACUUAUAAUCUUGCAAUAUCUUCAUGUUCAAACUCGCAGACGUAUCUCCGCAACAGUUAUUACGGGAACAUAGUUGCUUCAUCUGAAACAGGAAUCUCCAGUAGAAAAGCAUUGGAGCAAGUGGAUAAGGAAUUGUCAAGAGGCGAUGAGAGAGCCGCACUUGGUCUUGUCAAGGACCUUCAGGGCAAACCCGGUGGACUUUGCUGCUUUGGCGCUGCAAGACAAGUGCCUCAAAGACUCUACACAUUAGAUGAACUGAAACUGAAUGGAAUCAAUACAAUGUCGCUUCUCUCACCAACAGAUGCAACCCUUGAUUCCGUCGAAAGAAACCUGCAGAUUGCUGCUGUUUCAGGAGGACUAGCCGCUUGGAAAGGCUUUGAUUUAAGCCCUCAACAGAUUUUGUUUCUUUCUCUUGGAUCGCUGUUCCUUUGGACACUGGAUUUGGUCUCGUUUAAUGGCGGGAUUGGCAGCUUGGUUCUAGACACAAUUGGCCACACAUUCAGCCAAAGAUACCAUAACAGGGUUAUCCAGCAUGAAGCUGGUCAUUUCUUGGUUGCCUACUUGGUGGGCAUUCUUCCUCGUGGAUACACACUCUCGAGCCUUGAAGCUUUGCAGGAAGAAGGCACUCUCAACAUUCAAGCUGGCACAGCUUUCGUGGAUUACGAAUUCCUCGAAGAAGUUAAUGCGGGGAAAGUAUCGGCCACUAUGCUGAACAGAUUCUCGUGCAUAGCUCUUGCUGGUGUUGCAACUGAAUAUCUCUUGUAUGGAUACGCUGAAGGUGGCCUCGCGGAUAUAAACAAGUUGGAUGUGUUGCUCAAGAGCUUGGGAUUCACACAGAAGAAGGCGGACUCACAGGUGAGAUGGUCAGUUCUAAACACCAUACUGAUCCUACGUCGCCACGAGAUGGCUCGGUCUAAGCUUGCAGAGGCAAUGUCCGAAGGCAAAUCUGUCGGAUCUUGCAUCGGAAUCAUCGAAGACACCAUCGAUCACUCCGACAUCUGAAGUUUUUCGUCCACUCUAUCGUAAUCCGUCGGAUCUUUAUGACACAAGAAAAAGGCAGAAACCUUGCAUGAAUCUGAAUCUCAUCUCACCCAUUGUUUUGGACAGAGUUUGCAUCACAAGAAUCUGGUUAGUAUCUCUACUGUUUGUUCUUCGCUGCAGACUUGUAUAUAUAUAUAUAUAUGUGUGUGUAUACGUAUAUAUACACCCAUGCCCAGGGCCGUAGAAACAGAAGGGUGUUGUCUCUCUCCGUUGUAAAAAGAAACAAUGAGUGACCUUUUUCCUUGUCUGUGUAAUGAAGCCGCAGCCGCUCUUGUUCCUUAUGGUCUGUACUCUGUAAUCUCUGUAUGAGAGUCGCAAUGUAUUUUGUUGAUUUUAACUA